AUGAACUCAGGUCCCCCCAAGUCCUAUAAAUUCAUCAAAAAACCCAAAGAGCUAGCUGAUCUCUUUCCUGAAAAUGGGUUAGGAAAUCAAAAUAUAGAGUUUGUUUCUGUACUCACUGGAAUCGAUUUUGAUCCUGCUUCCAGAUGUCUGCUGCAUUUCAAAAACUUCGAUAGUGGGGAUAAAGCCGAAGUCGACUAUACUUGCAGAAUCACUUGUAGUACAGCACAAACUUUGACAUUGACCAAAAUGAUGCUGUCAUUGUUUUCACAACACUUUGACUUUGACUUCCCAGAGCUGGACGAGGGAAGACAGCUGGUAGUAGAAGACGUGCAUCUCGAAAAAUUAUGUUUUGUGGAUUGCAAGGGAACAUUUGUCAGUAGUGGUGAUAGAGGUGGUAUUUUUCUGCAGGGUCUUCGCCCGAUAGAACUCAGCGGCUCGCUUUUUGGUGCUCAGGAGAAGGAGCAGAAGACAGACAUAUUUGAAACGACCAAAGCUAUAUUCGAUAACCUCGUAAGGCUCAAUUACAAUUCCAAAGCACAAUUUAAGUUUGUUAAGCUGCUCAAUCUAAGCAACGAAAUGCGUGAAUAUUCUCAAUCACGGCAGGAAGCCUUCCAACUGCAAAACGAGAGAAAUCCUAUAUUUGGAGCUUCUCGCUUCCAUCGUGAUACAGAUUCUUUGAACGACUUUGACUCACAGAUUCCAGACACAGAUCCCGAGUUCAGCUUACCAGCUUACUUAAAUCCAUUGCUCACAAGACACCAAGACAAUUCUUUUGGUGAAGAUCCAGGUAUUGAUGAAAGCAGCUCACGGACAAAUACUGCAGUCAGUGGACUUGCCCCAAAAGAAACGGAUGUGGCUCGACCAAUUGCAAAGAAUCCAGUGAGUAUUACUGACCCCUAUGGGCACUUAGCUUGCACUUCUGACAAAAGAGGCAAAAUUGCUGUCAAGGAGGAGCUGGACCUUCCGGAAACCUCUGAUGAUUCACUAGUUGAAGAUGUAUCAAUCGAUACGCAGCCUGCUUCUAGGAGACGUUUUUCGGAUACCAAUGAGCUCCUGUCUGCUACGAAAAGGUCACGAACCCUGGAAGCUCGGGAUGAUUACCGAGGAGACAUCACCAACUUGAUAUCAAAUGCUUCCUCAGAUGAAAUCAUUGUUUUUGAGGGAACUAUUGCGGGCGCUCGUAUUGAUCCUGUUUCCCCCAGUUCUUGUGUGGCCGUCUACUGUCAGUCCGAUAAAUCGCGAUUACAAGCAAACCAAGAGCCUCUCAGCUUAAAUGAUAACUGCGUGGAGGUUAUGGCAUAUGUCACCGACAACAUCAAAUACAACUCUGCCCUUUUAGAAGCUGAAAGCUCGGAUGAGCUGUUGAGUGCCAUUCGACUCUACACAGAAAACAAAAGAGCAAAGAUCACCGCAAAGAAAGUGCCUGUAUUAUUAACAAAUGGGCUUUUCACAUUCUCCUUGACUUUGAGAUCUUUGCAAGUAGAAAAUUACCCCAUUGUUAACACAUCGCCGACGCUUACUCCGCGAUCAAGCCAAGUGGUCAUGUCCAGUUGUGAGUCUUCCCAAGAGUCUUCUGAUCCGCUCAAGACUUUUUCCGAGAUUUCGGUUAGUGGAGCUCGUCAAGAGUUCAUGAGAACAUUCGGCCUCCUCGUCAGCGCGAAAAAGUUUGGGCAAAAGGUUACUAAGUUUGUCUUCACGGACUUUACCACGCAUCCCCUCAACAAACUAUCAGCCUUUGACAGUUUUCUGGGUUCCUACACACACCGUCUGCCGCAAGACAUGGCGUUCCCUUUCGUGAUAUACAAAGACCAUUACAGUGAAUUUGUGCAAGAGCUCAAACGGAAAACUGGCACCUCAUUUACAGAAUAUUUUAACGGCAGUGACAACAAUCUCACUCACCAUGGCAUUGUGUGCCGUCUAGAGUUAAAAGUGAAAAUGUAUUCCGGAAGUGUCGAUGGGAUCAUUAGAACUUGCGAGCCUAUCAUCAGCGGCGACCAGUGCGUCAGACCCGAUGAACACAAGUUUCUUCGCGAAUUUUACGCUAGGUGCGUUACCAAUAUUCCUCAAGUUCUUCUCACAGACAAUUUCGCCAAUUACAAGCGGUUUUUCCCCUUCACCAUGUUCCAGACGCUGGUCGUUCUGAAAGAUCAGGCACACCAAGACACCUCGAGUGUGCUGUCAACACCGCAGCUGUCAGAGGCGCCUGCUGCAGUUCCUCAUAAAGCCUCACCCAAAUUGGAUUUUGAUCUUGAGAACUUUGAAGUAGUGUGUGACAUGGGGCUGACGGCUUUACCUUCCCUCCGUAAGCUCAACAGUUCUGUUAUCUUCGAGAUCAAGGCCAAAGUUGCUGCCAUCUUUCAUAGCACCAAAGUUCUGGUAUUUGUUUUAUCUGAUGAUCAUGCUUCUCAAGAUAUGCUGGACCCGAAACGACUACUGCGGAUAGAGAUACCUGGGGCCGAUAACGUCGCUAACUUUUAUGGAAGCCGAGAUGCACGCAUGGUCUCCGAAAAAACUAUGGAAAAGGAUCUGGUUGGCCAAAUUUUGACCUUUCGACUUUGUGCCUUCAACAUACCUGUGAGCCCAUAUCAAGACCUACGGAUAUGGUGUCCCUUGGAGUGCACCAUUCAAGAAUUGAACGCCGAGGUCACAUCUUGUUCCUCAGCUGUCAAACAAGAAACUGCGUAG